AGAGGGUACAUGAUAGCUUGUGAGCAAAAAAAACACAUCUGUGUUGACAUACACAACGGAUUAAGACAGAAGAACAUGGUAUAUUGAGUUGGCAGGAAGAAUUGAAUAAACGCAAGGGAAUGUCUGUCUGCUGUAUAAAAAUAUUUUUAGUUACGUUUAAGGGUAUAUAUGUCCAAAAUAGAACACCAGUGUACAUGGUGUAAAUUACAAUGCAAAAUAAUGUGGGAGGUGGGUUGAUUCGGUGAUUGUAGUGGCAAAUGUUGUGAUAAAGCAAUAUGUGUACCAAACUACAUUAUUUUCGGGCACAUGAAUUUACAGUAGGAACAUUGUCUGGCAUUUAUUGUCGUUCAGACAUUGUGUCGAACAUGUCUUGGACAAACUUGAUGAUAAAACAAGUGUUAUAAAGGACGAUUGCAAUGCAACCUGUUCUGGGCUGUUGCUGUUGUGAUGGAAUGGAAUGCUGCAUUCUCAUUCAGUAACUGUAUGCUUCGCUGAUGGGUUGUAUUGGGCAGGAAUAUUUGCUGGAUUGACAUGUAUGGAGGUUGAUUUGAACAACCCACAUGAAUUUUCUGUGGAAACAAUGGAUAAACAUAAAUUGCUCAAUGUUCGGCACAAUUCAACUUGGUUACCCGAUAAUAUCCCUGGAACAGUUGAUGGGAGCUCAGUGUGCUCGGAGCUAUGGCAUGCCUGCGCUGGUCCUCUCAUUUCCUUGCCUCGGAAGGGCAGCCUGGUGGUUUAUUUUCCUCAGGGACACAUCGAACAGGUAGCUGCAUUGAUGAAUUGGGACGCAGACCACCAAAUGCCUUCAUAUGACCUUCCACCUCAAAUUUUCUGCAGUGUGCUGAACGUGAAUCUUCAUGCUGAUCAGGAGACAGAUGAGGUCUAUGCACAGAUUACGUUAGUUCCUCAAUGCGAGGCAGUUCCUGAUACUUUUUGUUGUCUCUUUCCAACUGAGAAGUGCAUGGAGGAGGAAGGAGAUGAUUUAGUGUCUGCACCUGCCAUUUGGACACCCCAUAUGUUCUGUAAAACAUUGACUGCUUCUGACACAAGCAUACAUGGUGGGUUUUCAGUUCCACGAAGGGCUGCAGAGGACUGCUUUCCACCCCUGAACUACAAUCUGGAACGUCCUUCGCAAGAGAUUGUGGCUAAAGAUUUGCACGGAGUUGAAUGGAAAUUUCGUCACAUAUACAGAGGUCAGCCACGCAGACAUUUGCUCACAACUGGGUGGAGUGUCUUUGUUGGUCAAAAAAGACUUGUAUCUGGAGAUGCCGUACUAUUUUUGUGUGGUAAUAAUGGAGAAUUACAGCUAGGAAUUCGAAGAGCUGUUCAGCUGCGAAGGAUCAUUUCAGCAUCAAUGGUUUCUAAUCAGACAAUUCAUCAGGGUGUGCUUGCUGCUGCUGCUCAUGCAGUUGCCACAAAUAGCAUAUUUCAUAUUUUCUACAAUCCAAGGACUAUCCCUGCAGAGUUUGUGAUCCCUUAUAGGAAGUAUGUUAAAAGUAUCAACCAACCAGUGUCUGCUGGAAUGAGGUUCAAAUUGAGAUUUGAAGGUGAAGAUACAGCUGAAAGAAGGUACACUGGCACAAUCACUGGAGUAGGCAUCAUUGAUCGCAUCAGAUGGCCUGGCUCAAAAUGGAGAUCCAUUCAGGUUAAGUGGGAUGAGAAUGCCAGAAAUGAAAGCCCUGAAAGAGUGUCACCAUGGGAAAUUGAGCUAUUUGUUUCAGCUACUGGACCUAAUAUUCUUGCUGGCCCAAGGAUAAAAAGGCCCAGGACAAGUCUUCCGCCUACACCUAUAGAUAGGGGAAAAUUGCUACAUGUAGGAGAAUCUUUAAGAUCGCAAGGGGUCUUGCAAGGUCAAGAAAUGGUGUUUUCAAAUGCACCUUUAGAAAGAGAUGGAGUUGAUUUGAUGUUGUGCCAUGUGCAGCCCUGUAAGGGGCAUGAUGCUAUUGGUGAAUGCAUUGGAGGAAGGACUGGCAUUGAAAGUUUGCCAAUUUAUUCUCUAUCAGAUGUGUUUGGCAUCAAUGCAGAAUUUAGGUCUUUGCACAGUUCUGGGGCACAAAGUUCAUUGGAAAUAUCAUCUGGAGGGUGCCCAGAUGCCAAUGAAAAACAGAAAACUACCUUAUCAAAACUGCAGGUUAGAGGGAAUACAAAUCCUCUUUCUGUUACCGCUGGAAUUAAUUCAUCAACUUCAUGGUCUUCUUUGGUGCCUUCUCUUUCUAAGACACAUAAGACGAAUUCUGAAAUUAAGCUGCCUGUAUCAUCUUCAGCACCUGUUAUUACUCAUUCUCAUCAAAGUGCUCUAGAUUGCAAUUACUGGCAGGUUUUUGCUCCACAUGAUACAGCAGAGAAUGACACGCCUGUAGUCACAGCCAACUGCCAUGCUUGUUCAGAAUCUCCUUUCCUUCUGGGGAAUAGCACACAAGAUGCCUAUGAUGAGCCUUGCCACAUUGCUUUGAAAACCUCUUCCACUGAGAAGCAUGUUAAAGCCAAAGAAGUGCGUACUUUCAAACUUUUUGGGUUCUCUUUAAUUCUGGAAUCUGAUUGCACAGAUGAUUUUACUAGUAAUCCAAUUCCAAAAGGCAAUGUCAGUUCAGGGGAUCCACAUGUCACAUUUAGUUGUGGGGCUUCCUGGUCUUCAAUUUCUGAAAGCCAGAAACAGGUAGAUAACGAUUCUGAUAAACAUCAUGUUCUGCCACUAUCUUUAGAGAAAGAAAGUGUUUUCAAACAGGUUCCCAUUGAUCAAACUUUGGUUCCUGCUUCUGGACAGAGUCUUAAAAAGGUUCACAAGCAGGGGAUUUCUGUUGGAAGGGCAAUUGAUCUAUCAAAGCUUUAUGGUUAUGAAGAACUGAUCAGUGAAUUGGAGCAUCUUUUUAAUAUGGAAGGUUUACUCUGUGAUCCUGAUAAAGGAUGGCAGGUUGCAUAUACAGAUAGUGAAGGUGAUAUGAUGCUGGUUGGAGAUGAUCCUUGGCAGGAUUUUUGUAGCAUUGUGCACAAGAUUUUAAUAUACACCAAAGAGGAAUUGGAUAAGACAGCGCCAGGUGUGUUUAGUAAAGACAUUUUAAGCUCUUCUCCUGAGUAUUCUGCUGCCACGGAGGCAUGCAAAUAUUAAGUUGACGGACAGGAUUCGUCUUUGCAAGCAAAUGAGCCAUAGUGUGUUUCACAAAUUACUUUCCAUUAGUAAACUGUAAGAGUACAGUAAUUGAUAAACUUGGAGGACAUCAGUUUGGAUAUAAUGGUUUAGUAUCAUAUUGACUAAACUAGCCUGGUUUUUUCCCCUUGGGUGUUACGAGCAUAUUGAACGAGGGGUUUUUCCAUGCACAAAAUAAUUUGACAUUACAUAUAUGGUGUGUUUAUAACUUUAUAGCUAGUGUGAUUUGAAGUUUGCUAGGUUUGUUA